UAUAGGCAUCUGCUCCUCAAAACGUGGGCCAUCAGCAGCACCUGGGAACUUGUUCGAAAUGCAGAAUCUCGGGGCAAACCGCAGGUGUAGUGAACCAGAAUCCACAUUUUAAUUAGAUCCCAUUGUGAUCAUAGCGUUACUAUUCCCAUCUUUACCAAUGAUGAGACUGAGGCUCAAAGAAGUUGCUUGAGAUAGCAGAACUGAUUGGUAGCUGAGCAGAGAUUCAAUUCCAGAACUUCCGGAGUCCAAUGUACUUUUCAAGCGGGAGAAAAGUUCAGUUCAGAGGAAUUUCUACUUUCACUCAAUUCGAGAGAAUUGUUUGAGAUGCUAGAACGCCUCCAACGAUCAAUCACAGGCCUGUAGCCCUAGUGCCGCCAGCUGCGAGUUUGUUCAGACACUGAUGGACGAAUCCCUCUCUGAAGCCUUGGCUUCGUCAGAAACAACAUUGACAGCGUUAGAACUUCACUUCCCAGCAAGCCCCGCGGCUUCCAUCGUGCGACACAUGACGGGCACCCUGUCCCUCCUCUCUAGUGGAGCUGCUCAGCCGAAGAGGGACACGUCCCAGCCUGACGUAAGGGCGCGCGGCAUCCUGGGAUAUGUAGUUUGACCCCGACUAGGACGCCCCCUCGGAUGAAUGGGGCCGAGGCCGACUGCGAACUACAGCUCCUCGGCCGGAGACCACGGCGGCCCCGGAGAAGAGCAGCGCCCUGGGACGGUGGCGAUGUUCUUUGCGGUGGCCGAGGCAGCGGUCCUGCUUCCUGGGAUAGCGAUAUAGGCGGCGUUUCCUCUGCACGCUCGCUCCCCGUCCCUUGCACUGGCCAUGCGCCCGAUCUUUGCGGUGGGCCUGGUUUUCGCAGGUUGCUGCAGUAACGUGAUCUUCCUGGAGCUCCUGGCCAGAAAGCAUCCAGGAUGUGGGAACAUUGUGACAUUUGCACAAUUUUUAUUUAUUGCUGUAGAAGGCUUCCUCUUUGAAGCUGAUUUGGGAAGGAAGCAGCCAGUGAUCCCCAUAAGGUACUACGUCGUCAUGGUAACCAUGUUCUUUACUGUCAGCGUGGUGAACAACUACGCCUUGAAUCUCAACAUUGCCAUGCCUCUGCACAUGAUAUUUCGCUCCGGUUCUCUAAUUGCCAACAUGGUUCUAGGAAUUAUAAUCUUGAAGAAAAGAUACAGUAUAUUCAAAUACACUUCCAUUGCCCUGGUGUCUGUGGGGAUAUUUAUUUGCACUUUCAUGUCUGCAAAGCAGGUGACUUCCCAGUCGAGCUUGAGUGAGGAUGAUGGAUUCCAGGCAUUUGCAUGGUGGUUACUAGGAAUUGGAGCACUGACGUUUGCUCUUCUGAUGUCAGCAAGGAUGGGUAUUUUCCAAGAGACUCUCUACAAACAAUUUGGGAAACACUCCAAAGAGGCUUUAUUUUAUAAUCAUGCCCUGCCACUUCCUGGAUUCAUCUUCUUGGCUUCUGAUAUUUAUGACCACGCCGUUCUAUUCAAUAAGUCUGAAUUAUAUCAAGUCCCGGUCGUUGGUGUGACAAUGCCCAUCAUGUGGUUCUACCUCCUCGUGAAUGUCAUCACUCAGUACGUGUGCAUCCGGGGUGUCUUCAUCCUCACGACGGAAUGCACCUCCCUCACCGUCACACUCGUUGUGACGCUACGCAAGUUUGUGAGCCUCAUCUUUUCCAUCCUGUACUUCCAGAACCCUUUCACUCUGUGGCACUGGCUGGGCACCUUGUUUGUCUUCAUGGGGACCCUCAUGUACACAGAAGUGUGGAACAACCUGGGGCUCCCAAAAAGCCAGUCUCAGAAGGCAGACAAGAAGAACUGAGGUCUGCUGGGAGACCAGUGUCACAAUAAGCCAGGUCCGGUGAAGGUCUGGCUCCCAUUUCACUUUUGUUAAUGCUGAAUUACCCCCAGUAUUGAACCAACCACAUACCAGAGAUUCCUCAGAAGGAGGGGGCUUCUCAGAUUUCACAUGGUGACACAGACCAACAUUUGUGGGCUGUGCUUAGAAACCCCUCAGCCCUGAAUUCUAUGAGUUCAUGGGUGUUUUUCUGUUUUGUUUACCACAAUAGUCAGUACUGUACUUGGUUACUGAAUUCUGAGUCCCCAGAGCUACAGGUUUGAUAUUCACGGUCUUGGACAAGAUUACCCCUUUUGUUGCUGUUCUGAUGAUUCUCUGCCAUAACAGUUAUCAUCAUCCUGUGGCCUCAUCCCUUUGUUCUGUCACCCUUAUACUGUUCAGCAGCGCUUUUCAGUCAGAUGCUCCAGGCAGUAUCAUCAGGAAUAACUAAGUUACCAAGUGAAUUGAAACACCGGUGACAUUAGGGUUGGACUUUGUCCCGCAUGUUGGGAAAGAAGCAGUUGUCCCUGUGAGCUGAGCCCCGGUGCCACUGGAGCAGGACCAGUGGGAACCCUUUUCCAUAGUUUGCUUUUUCCAUUCUCUAUGCAAAAGUUAUAUGCUCUCACAUCUGUUGCUUUCUGUGCUUAGAACAAGCCUGCAGCAUAUCUCUAUGGCACAGUGUUAAUAAGAAAGACAGAACUGCAAAAGAGAGACGUUUUCCCUCGGUCCUCUGCAUGAAGCCCAUGAGCCUAGAGCUGAGAUGGUGAUGGCAGGAUGGCCCUGGUCAGCACCUGGAGAGCUCUAGCUGCCGCCACCCCAGGCACUCACAGGACUGCUUCCAAAUGGGAAGCUUAAAUCUUUGAAAAACUUCUUAACCAAGGAGGCUCAGCUCUGCCUGGCAAUUCUGAGAGAGUUACAAACAGGCUAAUGAGUAGACUAAUAGGGACAGUGGGUGUGGUGCAUAAAUCAGGUCAAAUCAUAACUAAAACGGAAAGGUUUGUUUUUGUUUGUUUUCCUGUAAGGUCUUUUAAUGUUCUUGAUGGGUAUUUGUAUUUACAGGUAGAAUGUAUGUAUUCUAUGGGGUUGUAUGUAUUUUCGUACAGGUAGAAAUGUGCUCCCUGGCUUUUACUAAUCAUUUCAAAUGUUUGGUUUUCCUCCCAUGACAUAAUUUUGAGACAGGAAUGAUGUCAGUGUGGUGGGUGUAGGUGAGUGUGUGCCCUUGUGUAGCUUGUGUGUGAUCAUUUUGGAGGAGAGAGCAUGAAAGCGUUCUUUUAUUUCCUCGUAAUGACAAAGGGGUCAAUCCAAGAAGAGGCUAAAUAACAAUGACAAAUACGUGCCAACAUAGGAGCACCCAAGUAUAUGAACCAAAUAUUAAUGGACGUAAAGGCAGAAAUGAACGGUGACACGAUAAUAGUCGGGAACUUUAAUACCCCACUUACCUCAGUGGAUAGACCAUCUAGACAGAAAAUCAAUAAAGAAAUAAUGGCUUUAAAUGCCACAUUAGCCCAGAUUGACUCAAUAGACAUUUUUAGAACAUAUUAUCCAAACACAGCAUAGUAUACAUUUUUCUCAAGUGCACAUGGAACAUUUUCCAGAACAGCCCACAUAUUAAGCCACAAAUCAAGCCUUAAUAAGUUGAAGAAGAUUGAAAUAAUAUCAAGUAUAUUUUCUGACUACAGUUUCAUGAAACUAGAAAUCAACUACAGAAAGCAAACUGGAAGAAACAAAUAACAUGGAGAAUAAACAACAUGCUACUAAACAACCAGUGGAUCAAAGAGGAAAUCAAAAUUACCUUGAGACAAAUAAAAAUGAAAACACAACUUUGCAAAACUUAUGAGAUAUAGCAAAAGCAGUUAUAAGAGGAAAGUUCAUAGCUAUACAGACCUACCUCAAGAAGUAGGAAAAAAAUCCCAAGUAAAAAUCUAACUUUACAUCUAAAGGAACUAGGGGAAAAAAAAAACAAAAAAAAAAAACCUAAAGUAAGUAGAAGGAAGGAAAUAAUAAAGAUCAGAGUGGAAAUAAAUGAAAUACAGAGUACAAAAAUCAAUAGAAAGAUCAAUGAAACUAAGAACUGGUUCUUUGAAAGGAUAAAUAAAAUUGACAAACCUCUCCAAGGCUCAUCCAGAAAAAAGCCCAAAUAAAAUCAGAAAUGAAAGGGGAGAGAUUACAGUUGAUACCGCAGAAAUACAAAGGACCAUUAGCAAUUAUAUGCCAAUAAAUUCAACAAUCUAGAAUAAAGGGACAAAUUUUCUAGAAGUAUAUAACCUUCUGAGACUGAACCAAGAAAAAAUGCAGAAUCUAAACAGGCUGAUUACUAGCAAUGACACUGAAGCAGUAAUCAAAAAACUACCAACAAAUAAAUGUCCAGCACCAGAUGGUUUCACAUGUGAAUUCUACCAAACAUUCGAAGAAGAAUGAAUACCUAUCCUUCUUAAACUAUUUCAAAAAAUUGAAGAAAGAGGAACGGUUCUACACUCAUUCUAUUAAACCAGCAUUACCCUGACACCAAAAGCAGGCAAAGACGUUACAAGCCAAUAUCCUUGAUAAACAAAGAUGCAAAAAUUCUCAACAAAAUACUAGCAGAUAGAAUCCAACAAUAUGUUAAAAGGAUUAUAUAUCACGAUCCAGUGGGAUUUAAACCAGGGAUACAACGGUGGCUCAACAUCCACAAAACAAUUGGUGUUAUUCAUCACAUCAACAAAACCAAGGAUGAAAAUCAUAUGAUCAUCUCAAUUGAUGCAUAAAAAGCAUGUGACAAAAUUCAACAUCCAUUUAUGAUAAACACUCAACCAAGUGGGUAUAGAAGGCACUUACCUCAACACGAUCAAAGCUGUAUAUGACAAGCCCACAGUUCACAUCUUAUUCGAUGGUGAAAAGCUGAAAGUUGUCGCUCUAAGAUCAGGAACAAGACAAGGAGGUCCAUUCUCACCACUAUUGUUCAAUAUGGAGGUGGUCCAGUGCCCCGAUGCAUCAUCUCCAUCCUGUGUGCAACCGCUGCUUGCGUUUUUGUAGGGGGCUUUGAACAUCUGGUUGUACAGAAUACCAAUAGCCUGGAAUGAAAUAUAUUGAACAAGUUAGAAGAGCAAUGAAGAAAAUAGUCUGCAACCCAGACUUUAAAAUAGCUCUGAGCCCCGUUGGGAGCCAUCUGAAAAUAUCAGAGACUUUAAAUCCUAACCAGCCAGUGGUGCCUAAGGGAAAACUGGAAUUACCCUUAAGAGCAUUUGCAAAUUUAAGGAGUUUGGUUGUUUCUAAUUCUACCUGAGAAGAUGUAUUUAUCCAUGUAUAGCAGGAGGUGUUGGCAAUGGCGCGAACUUCUCCCUGGACUGCAAGCAAAUAACCAAGCAAUCCUGGUGUCAAAGGCUACUUGAGCUGGGAAAUCGAAAGAUGUCUGUUGGACGCCAAUGGGUGGGCUCUUCUAUUAGUGGUCUGGUUAGAUUUCACAUCAUUAUGUCUAACUGAGCAGUGCCAAGCCCAGCUAGUGUUGGAAUUUAAAAGGUACCCUUUGCACCCACAGAAGUCAUGUACUUUGCACCCAGAAUCAUGUACUCAGGUUUACAGAGAGGCAUAAUAAUUUGUUUGUCAUGCAACUAGCUGUUUGUGAAAUUUGUAAUGGUUAAUAGGAUAAAAUCUUUAUGAACAUAUACUAAUAUAUAACAGAUUACACCAAUUGAGCAAGCAGCUCAAAUUUAUAAGGGUAAAGACCCAAUAUCCCUGAAUUUCCAAGCGUACUCAUACAUCUCAGUGCUAACUUGUUUUCACCUAAAUGUUACCCCAUUGGCAAAAAAGAUUUUACAUAUUCCUUCCCUUCCAAUACAUCAUUAUACUUUCAGAGAUGGAAAGGGAACAAUUCAAUUUCUUCACCUUUCUUUUUGCCCAGUCUCAUCAAUCUGAUAUAAUGUUGUUAUGGUGCUUAGGCUAAGGUAGGUGCUCUAAAGAAUCCAAUGAAUUCAGUUAUUUUCUAGGUUCUAGAAUAUUGCUGAUAUUAUACAAUAAGCCUGUCUUCCAGAAAGCCAUGUCUCUGGUUGAAACAUUUCCUGGAUCAGUGAUGGAGGAGUUAAGAUCAGCUGCCAGUGAAAUAAGACUGUUCCCUAAUUGUCAGAUAACAGUUUGAUCUUUUCUGUCAAAAUAAAAGUUCUUAGCAAAUAGGA